UUAGACUCCCCCAAAAAUGGAUUCUACUUCAGAUUCUUCUUCUUCUUUUUCUAGUAAAAGAGUUGUGUGGUUGAUUGCAAUUCCCUUGAUUUUAGUAUUUCUAUAUUUUGCCCUAAAAGGUUCAACAAAUUACUAUAUUUUAUCAAAUAAUGAGAGCAAACACAAUAUUAAUCCACCAAUUGCUCAAUUACAAAAGCAGCUGAUAAGUAAUUUAGAGAGAGUUGAAGUAGGUCUUGUAAGAGUUAGAGUUGCUAUAAAAGAAGCACAUAGGAAAAAUCAAACAUUUGAUGAUCCUGAGUAUGUCCCUACCGGUCCAAUUUACUGGAACCCCACUGCCUUUCACAGGAGCUACAUGGAAAUGGAGAAACAUUUCAAGAUUUACGUCUACGAGGAAGGCGACCCCCCUGUAUUUCACUAUAGUGAUAGUCAAGGAAUCCUUGGAAUUGAAGGGAUUCUAAUUCAUCAGAUUGAGAUAAGCAAGUUUCGGACGAAUGAUCCUGAAAAAGCCCAUGUUUACUUCCUGCCCUUCAGUGUCUUAUCAAUUGUAAGCUACGUUUAUGUUGUCGAUUCUCGUGCAUGGAGUCCUAUGCAGAAUACAGCAGCAGAUUAUAUUGAUGAAAUCUCAAGAAAAUACCCUUAUUGGAACAGAAGCCUUGGAUCUGAUCACUUCAUGCUUGCUUGCCAUGAUUGGGCUCCUACAAUUUCUUUUGGGGUUCCUUACUUGUAUAAGAACUCAAUACGAGUACUAUGCAAUGCAAAUACCUCCGAAAGAUUCAAUCCUACCAAGGAUGUAACUUUGCCAGAAAUCUAUCUCCCUCAAGGUAAAAUGGAUGGAUUAAUGGGAGGUCCGUCUCCAUCCAAUCGUUCUGUUUUAGUUUUCUACGCGGGAGGAAUCCAUGGCUACAUAAGGCAAGUGCUCAUGGAGCACUGGGGAAAGAAUGAUGAUCCGGAUGUGCAAAUACACGAGUACCUUCCGGAGAAUGUCUCCUACUAUGGCAUGAUUAGAAAGAGCAAGUUCUGCAUUUGCCCAAGUGGUUAUGAAGUGGCUAGCCCGAGAAUGGUUGAGGCACUUUACAUGGGAUGUGUACCGGUACUCUUGAAGGAUCAUUAUGUGGCUCCUUUUAAUGAUGUUUUGAACUGGAAAAGUUUUGCUGUUGAAAUGAAUUCGACUGAUAUACUUAACUUGAAGAAAAUCUUGAUGUCAAUACCUCAACAACAGUACAUUAUAAUGCAAACUAGAGGCCUUCAAGUUAGAAGGCAUUUUGAGGUAAAUUUUCCUCCUAAGAGAUACGAUGUCUUUCAUAUGAUUCUGCAUUCGAUUUGGCUUCGAAGGCUCAACAUACAAGUCCACGACACGAAGGAUGGAUGACUGUUCCACAAGAAGUUUACUGUAUUAUUUGGCUAAGUUGCUUUACCAGAUCCUACACAAAUGUCGCGCCGUAUCAGACUAUCAGACCCUCUAAAUAUAAUGCAUUUUUGAAGAAUUCAAGCCGCAUAAGAGUAAAUUUCAUGUGUAGUCAUCCAACUUUGUGUUGA